CAUUAUUAAGAGAUUGUAUCCAAUUUUACAACUUAGUUGCCAUGAAAAUACAACAGCUUUACUUUGCACUUGCAGUUUUUGCACUUUUUGUGGCCUCUGAAAAAUAAAUUUGUUUGAGCUUUUUUGGCUUUAUUCUCAUGUGCGGAUCUUUCAUGUUUUUUGAUUUAGCAGCUUUACAGCUCAAAUAUUAUGCACAUUGUAACAGAAAAUGUAAAAGCUUUUAAAAUAAUAUUAAAAGACCUAAUUUACCUCCGUUAAAAGUGCCUCACAGUUUUUUGCUAUUUUUUUUAAGGAAAUAAGGAACAAAAUUAUUCUUGCAGUAAUCAACAUCACGCCACAAAUGCGUACUGAGCUUAACUUGAACUGAACCCGGAAUAUUCCUUCUAAAUAAGUAUUUUUAAAUAGAAUUUAUGCUUAACUCUGAGAUUGUGAUUUGUUUCCUUCUUCAGGGGAACUAUAAGAUAAGAAAAUCUUCCUCCACACGCAAUGGCAGACAAUGAGAUCUUUGACGACCCAGAGAAGCUGAAGAGGGGUCUUGUGAAGGUUCUAGAGUGUGUGGCCACCAUCUCGUCGCCCAUCUUCGGUGUGGCGGGCUCUCUCAUCCGGGUGGUGCUGCACCAUGUGGACGAUGAAGACAUGCAGAAACUCAGACGUGAGUUUGGCAGCGUGAAUCGAGCACUGGAUGAAAUCUCACAGCAGAACCGUCAAGCACUGCUGCAAAUCAAGAAGGAAACAGUGGACAAACAGUACCACGAGGUGGAGGAAAACAUUGCAGUCCGCAAAUUCAUGGAGAUCGUGGAGGCCAAGCCGGAGCAAGUGCAACGCAAGAAGGAAGAUUUCGUCGAGAGUUUCAUGAAUGACAAAGAUGACCAGAACAUGUACACGCUUUACGAAGGCGUGAUUGGGAAGCGCAAACUCUUCAGCCAGCCCGUCCUAGACGUCUACAUGAAGCAUUCGCAGGGUGACCAGCGCGUCAUGGAGAACCUCUGCACCCGACUGGCCUACCUGUUCUGCAUCGGUUUCAUCGCUCUGAUGGGCUACUACGGCAUCAUAGGGGAUGACUUGGAAUCUCGGAACGAGGAGUGGGAAGAGAACAUGAAGAAUGUGCAGGAGAAAAUGCAGGAGGUGCUGAGGAGAUGCAAGUGAUCGUGAUACCUUUCUGCACAACCAACGCUCUUUAUUGCCUCGUGCUUUGCCUUUUCCUCUAAUAGACAUCAUCGACCUGCAGCAUCUAAUGCAGCAUUAUCCUCCUGAUGAGCGCAGGUCAUGCUGACGGUUACACAGUGAUGCCAUCAUAAUCUGCUUCUUGUUUCUGUUUUUUUUUUAUCACAUUUCUUCAUGCCUUUCCUCACUUUAACACUACAUGACAAACAUAAUUCACACUAAUCUACAGAAUGCUGACUGUGGUUAUAUAAAUAUUAUUAAAGUUCAAAAGCAUUCAUAAGCAGUGUCACCUUGAAAAUUGUGCUUAAAAGCUUCAACAUUACAUGAAUAUAAAGAUCUAUCUAUCUGUCUUCACAAACGUUGCAAAAUAAAGAGAAUACCAUUUUCUGUCUGCAUACUAAGAUCAAAAUUUCUGUCAAUGAAAUUUUCAUAUUUAUGCUUUUUUUGGCAUACUUAAAUCUAUUUAGUAGUAGAUUCAGUGUCAUUUUUAGUGCCAUUAGAACAUUAUCAGAGCAUAUAUUUUAAUAUGAGAAGAGAUAUCUAAACUGAAGGUUUUUUUUGCAUUCCUUUGCCCUUUUUAUUUUGGAUAAAUGAAAAUAUUAUACUUGAUGUGCUUGAUGUACUGCGAUACAAUGUACAGUGCUGCAUGUUUGGUCUGACACGACUGAAGUUCAUCUUGAUAAUCACAUUUGUUUCAAAUGUCUUUAUCCAUAAAGCACUGGCAUAUAUAUAAAUAAUCCUAUAUAAAUUCUGUUUCAUGUUCUUUUUGAAUGUCUCAAGGAUUGGAACAUGUUGCCCUCAUAAUCAUUAUUAAAAUACAUUUUCUUGUAAUUCAGUCUUUGGAAUGCUGUUGCACUUGUACGAUUGUACAAUAUUGUUACAUUUUUCAAUAAAGAUACAAGGAAAUA